UAAACAUUCUGUCUUCUAGGUGCAGAUCCGUAACCAUGGAAACCAAUACACGAAAGCGCGUUGCCCUGGUAACGGGAGGCGGGAGCGGCAUCGGUCGUGCCACGGCCGUCCGGUUUGCUGAGCUCGGGUACAGCUGUGUGGUGGCUGAUAUCGACGAGCCGAGCGCCAAGGAGACACUGGGCAUGCUCCAAACUCCGGGGCUCGCCGUCCAGGUGGACGUUACCAUGGCGACAAGCGUGGAAGCCAUGGUAACCGCCGCGGUUCGGCACUUCGGGCGGAUCGACUGCGCCUUCAACUGCGCCGGGAUCCUGGGAACCUCAGCCGAAAUCACCGACACUCCCGAGGACGACUUCGACCGCGUGAUGGGCGUGAACGCCAAGGGCGUGUGGCUGUGUCUAAAGUACGAGAUCGCCCAGAUGCUGCAGCAGGAGCCCGUCGUGAGCGACCCGGCUAGAUGGGCCGACAAGCCGGACGUGUGCCGCUUCCGCGGGGCGCGGGGCAGUAUCGUCAACGUCAGCAGUUUGUCAGGUCUGCGCCCAGGGAAGUAUUUGAGCCCCUACAAUGCGUCCAAGUUUGCCGUCCUCGGACUGACCCAGACAGCUGCGGUGGAGUACGCCAAGGACGGGAUUCGCGUGAACGCCGUCUGUCCAGGGCUCACCGCUACUUCCAUGCGAGAUCGACUGUGGGAAACGUCGCCACCGGAUUUUCGGGAGAGACAAGACCCGAAGUGGUUCCCUGCCGGUCGCCUGGCAGCGGCCCAGGAGGUUGCUGAGGCCGUGUGCUGGCUCUGCAGCGACGCCUGCCCGUUCACUACGGGGGAGCACCUGAAAAUUGCAGGGGGGUUGUGUGUAACCAUGGCAACUGAUACACGGAAGCGCGUUGCCCUGGUAACGGGAGGCGGGAGCGGCAUCGGUCGUGCCACGGCCGUCCGGUUUGCUGAGCUCGGGUACAGCUGUGUGGUGGCUGAUAUCGACGAGCCGAGCGCCAAGGAGACACUGGGCAUGCUCCAAACUCCGGGGCUCGCCGUCCAGGUGGACGUUACCAUGGCGACAAGCGUGGAAGCCAUGGUAACCGCCGCGGUUCGGCACUUCGGGCGGAUCGACUGCGCCUUCAACUGCGCCGGGAUUGAAGGAACUCCCGCCAGAAUCGUGGAUUACAAAGAAGACGAGUUCGACCGCGUCAUGUCCGUGAACGCCAAGGGCGUGUGGCUGUGUCUGAAGUACGAGAUCGGCCAGAUGCUGCAGCAGGAGCCCGUCGUGAGCGACCCGGCUAGAUGGGCCGACAAGCCGGACGUGUGCCGCUUCCGCGCGCGCGGCAGUAUCGUCAACGCCAGCAGCCGGUCGGGCCUAGGCCCCAUGCCUUACAAUUCUCCCUACUGCGCGUCCAAGUGGGCCAUCCUGGGGCUGACCCAGACAGCCGCGGUGGAGUACGCCAAGGACGGGAUACGCGUGAACGCCGUCUGUCCAGGGCUCACCGCUACUUCCAUGCUGGAUCGACUGAGGGAAAAGCUGCCAAAUGACUUCAUGGCGAAGCUGGACGCCAUGGGCCCCGUCGGUCGCGUCGCGGCGCCCGAGGAGGUUGCUGAGGCGGUGUGCUGGCUCUGCAGCGACGUCUGCCCGUUCACUACGGGCGAGCACCUGAAAAUUACUGGCGGAAUUUGA